CCUGCCUGCACCACCUCUCCACGCCCAUCGAACCCCGCGCGGCCGCUCAAUCCCUCCCAUCGACCAACUCUUCAAGGUCAACGAAGCAGCACAAAGGGUCAGACGCUCGAUUGCAAUUCCGCUUUCCCAACCCGCACCCGCACGGCGCCCUCACACUGCGCCCCUUCAUCUCACCUGCCCUCACCACCACACCACCACGCACCACACCGCCACACCACCACACCACCACGCACCACGCAUCAUGCUGCAUCCACUCACAUUCACAAGAGCAGCGGCGGCAAGUCAAGCAGCGCAACCUCUUCAAGCUUCUUGCUCAAACGCAAACCUCGCCCUGCACGCUCUGCUGCUGCUCCACCAUCCUCGCGCUCGCGUGCGCUGGUCCAGCUCAGAAUCUAAACGAGGGCAAAGGGGGACGAAUGAGCUGCGGGAGCGGGAAAUUGCCGAGGCGGCGGUCGCGGCGGCGGCGGCGGCGGUGGGCGAAGAUGCAGGAGUCGCGGUAGCAGCAGCAGCAGCAGCAGCAGCGGGAGUGGCAGCCAUUGGACAGUCUGAGCAGCGAGGAUCUGGGAGCGCCUACUCCUACUCCUACUCCUCACCUACUGUCGACCGGUAUGUGCACAGCAGAGCGUCGAGCACUCACGCGCAGCACACACGCAGUCGGAAUCGCGAUGCCGUCGCGAGAGAAGAUUUGAGCGCCUUGAUAGCUAUUCAUCAGCAUGAAGAUGCUCCUCCUCCUCCUCCUCCUCUAACCAGCUACAGCUCCAGCUCCAGCUCGCUCGACCACAUUGCGACUCACCGAGACGCGCCAGACUUGCGCUCUCAUCCGCGCGCGCUCGAUCAUCCGCAUAUGCUGGCCCAUUCGCGCGAUAGGACUCGAGCGGUGGAGACGUCAAGCAGGUAUAGCUCCGAGGCGAGCUCGCUCAGGCUUGCAAAUUCCUCAUCUGCUGCACCGCUUCACCAUUUGCUUGGCUCCUCCAGCCCAGCCUCUUCACUCCGGACAAAGACGACGUUGCACUCCGCUCCCAGCUCCAGCUCCAGCACGAGCGAUUCUAGCCAAGCUGGUACGGCUGCGGCUAGGUCCGGGUCCGGAUCUGGAUCUGGAUCUGGAUCUGGAUCUGGAUCUGGUCCGGCAUCGGAGCGGGAGAUGGACGAGACGGGCGCAAAGGGGCAGCAGCAGAUGAAGGACGCGCAGAGAUCGUCGUCGUCGAGGGAAGGAGACGAGCAGUCGGGCAACAUUGUGCGGAGUGCUGAAGCAGUCGUCGAUACCCAUGCGCGAUCCAAGUCCACUUCGGGUACGGGAGCCGUGGUGGGGUAUGGCAAGAGGCGCAGCGCGUCCCGUCCCAUCCCAGAAGCCGGACGCGCAAAUGGAGGCGCGCACGAUGGGGAUGCGGAUAGCAAGAUUGUGCGGAGUUAUAGGCACGAGUACGCGCCUACGUCUCGAACGACGCGUCCCCUACCCAUCCACACCUACUCUUCUCCCUCUUCCUCCUUCAACGCCUCUGCAGCGGGCAUAGCCAAUGCACCUAGUGCGCGCAGCGCAAAAGCGCAUGGAAGUCUUAGUCGCAUACACGGACUUGGAGGAUCUGGAGCAGGGAGCGGCACUGGAUCAGCCAGCAACGCGCAGGAACAGACGCAGAUGCAGAGCAGUGCUGCGCAGGGACAUCAAGGGGAUGGUGCGGCAACGACGACGACGACGACGGGCAGCAGCGGUAUGAGGAGGAAAAAGACGGCAUUGAUCUUCCCUGGUCAAGGCUCUCAAUAUGUCACGAUGGCAAACGACGUGUACAGAGGUUUCAGAUCGGCCCGGCACGUAUGGCACGAAGCGGAGGAGAGCCUCUCUUCCCUCGCAUCGCCAUCCUCUUCUUCCUCGCGGUCCAGCAGUAGCAGCAGCAGCAGCAGCAGCCAGCGCACAUCGAACUCGGCGCCUGGGCAAGAUGCUGCGCAGAGAGAAGCGUUUGAAGAGGUUCUGAGAGGCACGUGGCGAGGCACGGAAGGAGUGCAAAGACUUAUGCCCGGGCUAGGAGCGGAUGUGCGCAAAAGGGGUUGGUUGAGGGAUAUGGUGUUCUCGGGCGAUCAACUCACCCUCACAUUACCCUACAACAGUCUUCCGAGCAUUCUAGUAUGCAGCCUAUCCAUCCUCUCCGUCCUUCGACAGGACUUUUCCCGCGAUCUGAUCCUGGACCACGCAAGCUUGGCCGCUGGACACGGAGCUGGGGUCUAUGCUGCCCUGGUUGGCAGCUCGAGCCUCGCACUGGACGAUGCGGUCAGGCUUACGCGUUUCCAGGGCGUCAGGGAACACUUGAACACGCUCGAGCAUACCACGCUCUUUCCCGAGGGUUGCAAGAGACCUGAAAGCGUCUUUGAGACGUGGGCUUUUGCCAACUCUGGCAGCGGCAAGGGACAAGAGACGAUUUUGCCCCAAUCUGGCGAAGCUGACAUCGACGUGGUCAGAGCGGAGAGCACAGCGCAGGUCCGACUCAAGACGGAUCCUGCUUCUGAUGGCGAUGAUCAUUCUGCAUGCUCGUCUGCGACCAUGGAAACAGACGGGCAGGGCAGACAGAUCGUCAAGGGCUGGAAGAGGAGCCAAAUGUCUGGAGUCAUGGUCAGACCGGGCAAAUUGUUGGCUGCUAUGCAGAUGGUCAGGGACACGCAGAGCGAUAUCAGCGCUGGCAGAGUGGAGGAUGUAGCGCAGGACGAGGUGGUGGAGAUUGCGAACAUCAACAAUAAUCUUCAGCUGGUCUUGUCCGGAACGCGCGUGGGCGUUUCGCUGGCGUCGGACAGGAUACGCCAACAAUCGCUGGGUGCGCGAGCGGUCAAUCUGCCCGUUGGAGGUCCGUACCACUCCAGCCUCAUGAACCGAGCAUCGGACGAUCUGCGCGAGGCUAUUCGAUAUCUGCCUCUCAUGAGGCCGGAAGGGUAUGGGAUCGUCAGCUCGGUCAGCGAGGGUGCGAGUUUGCUGAGGGAUGCGGAGGAGAUUCGAGCGGAUUUGAUGGGAUAUAGCUCCAAGGUGGUCAGGUGGCUAGAGAGCAUCGAUAAGCUCGUGGAACAGGGUGUGCAGCGCUUUGUUUGCUUGGGACCUGGCAGAGCGUGCGCUCAUUUGCUCAGCAAGGAGCUGGCGCACAAGGACAGGUUGCGCAUGUCGCAAGGUCUGCAACCUGCAGAGUACGAGGUUUGGUCGAUCACUAGCGUGGAGGAUAUCGAACAAUUGGGCACGCUGCUCAGUCUAUUGUCGGAUCAAGACGCACCGCGGCGAUCAGAUGCUCGCGUAGACGUCGCAUCACCUUAGACGCUUGCUUGCUCAUUCCAGCGCUGUGCUGUGCGCUACCCAUCCAGCUCCAGCUCCUAGAUACAGUCACAGGCCAUCAGAAAUGUCCCCUCCAGCUAUGCCCCGACCCCUUCUCCAAGGAGCUGAGGCAAACGUAUCGCGGAAUGUACUUGUGGCCCC